ACUGCCAGUGAGUGAGCGAGCGAGCUAGUCUUUCUUCUUCUGAAACCAUGUGCGAGUCCGCCUCCCUACUAGCUGCAGCCGGAGACCAAGACGGCCACCACCACCAGGGGGUGACCAAGGCAGCCGAGAUGGACACGGGUGGCCUGCUGGACCAUUCCCCGGCAGCCCUCGGCCCGAGCCCUCUUCCCACGCCGCCUCCACCGCUCGUGUUCUACCAAGACGAUUACCGGUACUACUACGACGACGACAGUUGCCUCCAGGAGGACCAGGAGGGCGACGACGGCGCCUAUCAACUGCUCCAGGACGAGGAGGAGGACGUCGCCGCCACCAGCUCGCUUGCUGCCAGGCUACGUGAGCUCGUUCGCCAGAAGCUGGCCGAGGUGAACGCCUCCAGCGCGGUCGUCGCGGGGCUCGGCCUCGUCGGGAGCGCCGUCGGCGCCUACUUCCUCUGGCCCGCGGCCGCGGCCGCCGCCACCGCCGCCACCAUGGCAGCACCCGGGGCCGCCGGUUUCCUCAUCUCCCGUGUGGCGUUUGAAGCCAACUCAAAGCUCUACUUCAAGAUCCUCCGCACUGCCGGAGCAGCAGCGGCUGCCGCCGCUUUCGCCGUGUAGCUGCACGGGAGGGCUGGCCACGUACCUACUGCUUAGUUUCGUCCCACGCGCGCCGUUCGUGUGCUGGCCGUUUGCGUUGCUUAUAUAUCGCCAAUAAUGGAGCGUCCGUGUGUAGUGGUUAAUCUUUCAAUCGAUUGAUACACUCUGGUAUAUCUAGUAGUACUCCAUCUCUACGUUUUCAGUGUGUGUAAGGUUGGAGCUAUGCCAUCUGCGAUAAGCUAAAUCUUUGGUUUAAAUUGUUCAAGCAACACUAAAGCUUCUUACUAGAUGAUGUUUGCUCCUUUAUUUGUGUUGAUCU